UAGUAGGUUCGCAGUCGUAACCACGAACAGACGUCUCGACAAAAUAAAAAAAUAAAUAUUACGAAAAACAUGCCGAGAACUUGUCGAUGCCGCUGAAAAGACUAGGAUUUGAUAUAAAAAAAAUGUGAAUGUGAUCAAAAAUCGAACGUCAAAAAUUAAGCUUCGAUUUUUAGGCGCGAAUUUAAACGUCAAAAUGACAGUUCGAAAGUGGUUUGAUUUUGGGAAAUCUUUGCGCCGUAGUGAUGUGAAAAUGUUGUUUUCAAUUUUAGUGAUAUUGACCGUUUUGGACAAUCUGCCCUUAACAUGUAAGGGUGAAGAUUAUGAUCGAGAAUCAAGAAAACUCUUCGGAGGCUACAGAAUAACCCCCACCUACUGCAAAGCGUCCCGAGCCGCUAAAUACAACAGAGGAAACACCAUAUGCAUGUUCAACCACGAAUGUUACCAACGAGGGGGAGAAGUAGUCGGCGCCUGCAUGGACGGCUUCCUCUUCGGAGCCUGCUGCCAACUCAAGUCUGACAGCCAAUCUCACAUUCCCAAAGGCCCUGGCAUCGUCAUGACGAGUUACCUUGACUACCCAGAAGCGACUGAAGGUGAUGAUUAUGAUGCCGAAGAGUUGAGCGCUUGGCAUAACAGUUACAAGCCUGUUGUGACUCCAGGGUAUAAGCCUGCUGAUAAGACUGCAGCUACCACGGUGAUACCUGAGGAUUUGAGCACGGAGGGAGAACACGCUGAAAUGAUUUCUGAAGGUCUCACACAGAUUACAAAUACUUUACUCAGUUCACCACCUCAAGAUAGUAGUGGUAUCAUCUAUGUGAAACCUAAACCUGAUUAUUAUACACAUAGCAGUAUAGACCAUGGUGGACCAGAAACAAUUCUUGUUCACACUAAUGGAUCUGUAGUAGAUAAUGUAGUCAGACCGUCUGAUUUUAAUAUCCAACUGUCUUCAAUGCAAACAAAACCAACGGUAACUCCUAGUACUUCAACGACAGAAGCUCAGAAGACUGUGUCCACUCAUCGGCCUAUUAAACCAAUAUUCAGACCGAAGCCUGUGACAUCUACAGAAAGCUACGUGUUAAUAUCUACGGCAAAAGAUACGCAGAAACCUCCAGAAUUGUCUUCGAUCAACAGUAUUAUUCAGAUGCUGAAUGACAGUACUCCCAGUAUGAAAGAAGACUCUGUUACUCCAUCCAUAGAUGUUAUGGAGACAAAAUCAUCACCUGCUCCAGCGUAUUCCUAUACUUACCCAAGUUACUCAUCGACUGGUCACUACGUCACGUUAAAACCUACAUCUUUAUCUACAUACUUGACGAAGAAACCUGCGCCAAGCAAAAAGCCUUCUUAUGACUAUGUGCAUACGACGCCGAAUAGCUUACCACAAGAUGAUAAACCUUCAUCAUACUUCUCUUCGCCAAGCCCUAGUCAGUCUACUAGUCAAGCUAUUGACGCUUUUAACAGAUAUCCCACAGAUCCUACUGAUUUCGGAGACUUAUCUACUUUCAGUUAUGUCAGUUCUACUACCACGCAAAGACCGACUACUGCUAAAAAGCCUCCAUCUACGAGCUACGUCACUGGUGCCACUCCUGUGAGAAGACCAGCACUGCCUCCUUCACCACCUUACGACAAUGUUGACACAUUCUCAAGUGUCACGCCAACUGUCAUAGUACUUAAUGACAUACACACAACUAAAACACCACUAGACGCAGACGAACCACAAUUCGUGGAAAUUUCGCAAGAACCGUUCAAGAAACCUGUGAGUCAGAUAACAGUGAACAACCACAUAGCUGCAACAAAUAACAUUUAUAUGGGAAAACCAUCUUAUCCAACAUCAUCUUCCCCUACUGUUGUCAUAACUCCAAAACCAGGACUUGUAACUACACCUUAUCCCAUCAAAUCUUCGAUAGGUACUCGACCAGCUCCUAUCUUGACAAGUCCAAUAAUGGAGUACACAGAAGCUCCAACGACGAACAAACCAGAAAUGCAGACGUCGCCAGAUGAUCUGAUUAACUUCCCACCAGUGAGAAACCCCAUGUUGAAUGCCACAGGAUCAAAUCCAGCUCUUUAUAAUACAAGCAUUUCACUAUCCGACAACGAACUUGACAUGCUUGACGCUGAAAUCACAACACCAACUUGGGAAAUGGAUGACAAACUAAACGAAAAAAUGAAUGUUUUCGUCAACAAAAUCGUUGGCAAUCUCCAAGGAACAUUCCAAGAGUUACAUGACAUAGUGAUACUGAAUAAAAAGCCUAAUGAAACUGCGGUUAGGAUAACGACUACGACGGUUAAGCCAAAAAGGACUACUCCUACGACGAAAAGGCCAUUUUUGACGACGACGAAAAAGCCGCCUUUGAGGACAACGACUUCCAAGCCGACGACUAAGAGGCCUCCAGUGAAGACGACGAAGAAGCCGAUUAGGUCUACCACGCCGUAUCGACGGCCUCCCACCACGACACAGCCACCGACUACCACUAUUCCUGUGAGAAGACCGGUAACGACCACAAAAAAGCCGAAACCCACUAAGAAGGUGACGACCACCACUCAAGCAGCCACCACAUCCACUGAGCUGGCUGACGAGAUCACCACGGAGACAUACGUCAACGACAAGCCUAUAGAUUAUAAUGAUAAGAAUUUAUGUGGCAUUCGUCCGCUCGCCAAAUCAGGGCGUAUCGUCGGCGGCAAGAGUUCCACCUUCGGCGAGUGGCCGUGGCAGGUGCUGGUGAGAGAGUCCACCUGGCUCGGUCUCUUCACCAAGAACAAGUGUGGAGGAGUACUCAUCACUAACAAGUUUGUUACUACUGCCGCUCAUUGUCAGCCUGGAUUCCUAGCAUCUCUAGUAGCAGUAUUUGGAGAGAACGACAUCUCCGGGGACUUCGAGCCCAAGAAGCCAGUCUCCAGAAACGUGAGGAAGGUCAUCGUGCACAGAUCCUAUGAUGCAGCGACCUUCGAGAACGAUCUGGCGUUGUUGGAACUUGAAGCACCUAUUAAGUUUGAUGCUCAUAUCGUGCCUAUCUGCAUGCCGCCCGACGAGGCUGACUUCACGGGCCGUGUAGCCACCGUCACGGGCUGGGGACGGCUCAAGUACGGCGGUUCCGUCCCGGCUCUAUUGCAGGAAGUACAGGUGCCUGUAAUAGAGAACAGUGCAUGCCAAGACAUGUUCCAGACCGCUGGUCACUCUAAGAAGAUCCUCAAGUCGUUCAUCUGCGCAGGGUAUGCCAAUGGACAGAAGGACUCUUGUGAGGGUGACAGUGGCGGUCCCCUAGUCCUCCAACGCGAAGAUGGCAAAUGGCAACUAGUUGGCACAGUCUCCCACGGCAUCAAAUGUGCAGCCCCAUUCUUACCCGGAGUCUACAUGAGAACUACUUUCUAUAAACCUUGGCUAAAGAGCAUCACAGGAGUCCAUUGAAGUGAGUAUGUAUA